GGUAAACUCAAUUUUUUGUUUUAACUUAGUAAAGCUGCACAUUAUACUCAAAAGAUUUUUAAAUACAGAAAAAAUUUAUAGUUUUUAAUAUUGUCCAACCGCAAAUAUGCCUGGAGUGAUCAGACGUCCAUCAGCUAAAGUUCUUCAUUCUCGACCUCAGGCUCCAAAUGUCAGUCCUCGUUUUGGUAACUCUUCUCCAAUUACAAGACAGGCAUUUGCCCACCAAAAUUCCAGUCUAAGGAAGAAAAAUUGUCAUGCCAAACACAAGAAAGAUUUAGCGUGUGGGAAACAAGUGAAGACCCAUCUUCGGUGCCAGCAUUUAAUUCAGAGACCAGCGUGGGGAUCCACGUUGUACGGUAACACUGAUGAAUCGGAUAUAUUGGCUAAGAGAAAAGCGCUGCAGCAACAAAUCAUUGACCGCAAAAUUGACAGAAUGUGUGCUACCAAAAAUAUAAAGGAAUUUGCCCCACAGCCACCAGCUCGUGACGUAGAAGCUGGUAGGAAAUCAGUUUCAAAUGUUAUUUCAAAGCACAAGAAAACUAUGACUAAUGGUAAUCAGCUCAAAACCCAUCUACGUUGUGAGCAUCUAUCACCUGAUCCUGCUCUCAUCACCUCACGUCGAAGAAAAAGUCAUGUUAGUCAUGACAAGGUAAAGACUGGUCGUAAAUGUAAUUAUUAUGAAGCAAUUUACGAUCAAAGUGUGCGUGUUGCAUCGCAAGUUCGGCAAAGCAAUGAAAGAGAAAUAUUCGUUGACAUGCCAAGUCCUGAGGACGUGCCCGUUUUGGAAAUUAGUGUUCCUCCAGCCGUAAACUAUGACAACAGUCGCAUCUCGACACCCAGUCCAUGUUCUUCAAAGUUCAAUUCACGCAUUUCUAACCUAGAUUCGAGUCAGAAGAGAGUUCGUUUUGAUGAUGAAAUUCAGAGAAGUUACAAGUACUGUCCAGAAGCUGAUGGUAGCAAUAGUUCUGGUAGGAAUUCUCCACUACUACAUGACGCCGGUACUACAGAAGUCGAUUUUACUAACACGACAGACAUUAGUUACGAGCUCUGUAAAAAGAAGUUCCCCAUGCGUCCAUCACCUCCCAGAGGCGAUUUUUGGUGCCAGUUCUGUGGUAAGGAAUAUCCUCCAAAGGGCCACAAAUUUUGCAAUUUUUGUAAAUCUGGCAGGAACUGUUGGGCAGUGAAGGCCUAUGAAAAUUUAGUUUCUGAUGGUACCAUCGGCGUGGCUGCGUGUGGAGCGCAUGGAAGAUUAGAUGAAGAACGUCCCAGCGUCUCCUUUGAUGAAUCUUAUCGAAGAGGACCAGCUGUUCUGCCACGACCGCCCACGGCGUUGAAGCAUCAAUGCGUUCACCAGUAUCAUCAGAACUCACGGCUCUUCUUGGAGCCAACGUUUCCUGACGAACGGGGCGACAGCUCCUGCCUUUUGUGUGGUCGAAACGACACGGGCCAUCGCGUGUAUGGCAACGGAGAGCAAGCAGCAAGACAGAUGCAUCGAGACGGGAUUUCAUCAGAUGCGGCAGAUUGCGCGCGUCCAACACAACCAAGAUUGGCACACGGGGAGUCACGAACUACCACAUCGGCUAGCGGGGAUCCUCGUGAUGCUUCAGUACCAGCAAUGCCAUCGGAAAUAAACACAGAAUUCAAUUCCGGGAAGAAAUCAGUACCCAAUGAACAAGCGAAGAGCAAUAAGAGAUACAGUUUGAGGAGCGACCGGCGUACAAGUCCUAGUGGCAGUCCAUUUAACUCAAGAGACGCACCAAUUUAUAGGUUGAGUGUUGAUUACGUCAUGAAACCUCCUUAUAGUUCAACACAGUUACGCAAGUUACCGAAGCGUAACCACGCUCACUCAAUGGCUCUGCAAGACCACAUUUGAAACACGAUUUACUUUUCAGUAAAAAUGCAGGAUUGUCACUAUAAGUGAUACGUAAGGAGUUUAAUUCAUAUUGUACAUUUUCUUGCUUCGAGUCGAUGAAAAUAAAUCUUACAACCAUUACCUAGAUCGUUCUUAAUAAUAUGACAUUACGAUACGAUAUUUUCAGUGAAAGGAGAAAUGAUACGAGUUUCAUGUAUACUAAAUGUAUGUUAAUUGUUACUACACCCGAAAGAUUUGCGCUCUCUAGUACGUUUAGAACAAAAGAGUAAUAACAAGCAGCCAACUACAAAUAACUCUUCAAUCCGACAAGGACAGUCGAGCAUCUCUCCAACCAUGGAGUGUUGGAGAGAUCGUCCACUCCAUGUGUCGGAUUGAAGAGUUAUUUGUAGUUGGCUGCAUAUCAUCACAAAGCGGUAUCGAAGUCAACUUCUAUUACUAUUUUAUUCUUAAAAGACGCGGUGCAUAUCAUCACAAAGCGGUAUCGAAGUCAACUUCUAUUACUAUUUUAUUCUUAAAAGACGCGGCGUCAGCCGUUUUCUAACUGAUCUUCAAUGCUAGCUUAAUUCAUCUCAAGCGUUGCUAUUGAACUUGUUAUGGCCUCCAACAAAAUCAUCUGUAUUACCUAAAUUGAAUGUAAUGGUAAUAACUAAAAAAAUCAACUAUUUUUUAAUUACAAGUUGAAGCCAUCUUGCAACCUGGUAAAUAACUAUGAGAAGCAGAUAAAGAUAAGUAACCCUGACCGCACAUGACUGGUUAGAGCAUUCUUUGAAUUUCUAGUUUUCUAUCAUAAACGAUCACUGCCUUUCCGUUAUCCUAACACAAUUAGCGCCCAUUUUUACCUGAAUAUCACUUAUCUAUUACCUUAUCUCUAGCAGCAAAUAACUUUGGUAUUCACCAGCAAACAUGUGACUAAACGCAAAUGAAUACCUGACUUUUAAUGUAAAUUUUCCUUUGUUAUAUAAUCAUCAAAAAUCCUCUACUAGCAGAAAGUUGAAUCUAGGACCUACAUUAUUGAAUAACAAUAUCAUAUUUGUUCAACAAAAAAGUAAGAGUGUUCAAGCAAAAUAUACCUACCCA